CGCUAGGAGAGACACGCGCUCGCUAUCAUUAUGCCUAUCGGAUGCCGGCGUUUCGUACGUAGUGGAAGGUUCGAAGGAUUGGAAUGAAAGGAUAUCGCCCUGGAACAUUCGCGUGAGAUAUACACCGGCGGCUGUUGCAAUGCCGCGUAGUAUCGAGCAGGUUCAGGCUGCUGUGCUAUGUGGGAUAAAUCAUCAAUUGCGCAUCAGCGCUAAAGGAGGCGGUCACAGUUCCGGGUCCUAUAGUCUUGGGGGCGAAAAUGGCCAUCUUGUUAUUGACUUCGAGCAGAUGGACCAGGUAAUCCUUUCCGAUAACCACACUGCUAUCAUCCAGCCUGGAGCGCGGCUGGGACACGUCUCUGUAGAAUUGUUCAAUCAAGGCCAGAGAGCAAUCCCCCACGGAACCUGCCCCGGAGUUGGUAUCUCCGGGCAUGUCUUGCACGGCGGAUACGGCAGGGCUUCACGCACUCACGGCCUUACUCUGGACUGGUUAAAGAGUGCCAAGGUGAUUCUAUCUGACGGCUCCAUAGCACAUUGCUCUGCGACAGACAAUACAGAUCUCUUCUGGGCAAUACGAGGCGCUGGGUCGUCCUUUGGCAUCGUCACCGAAUUCGAGUUUGACACAUUCAGGCCACCAGAAAAUGUCACUGUUUUCGCCAUCGACAUGCCCUGGAGCGAAUCAGGCGUGGCUGAAUCCCUGAAGGCAGUGCAGAGUCUUUCAUUGACGGCUCGGGAGGAGCUUAACCUUGCCUUUGAUGUGACCGCAUCUAGCCAGGCCAUUCGCGGGUUGUACUUCGGCGAUGAACAUGGACUCGUUCAAGCACUACAGCCCCUCUUGACCAAUCUCAAAACACAAUUGUCUGACGUUAAGUCUGUCAGUUGGCUGGAGGGACUAGAGUAUUUUGCAGAAGGUGAACCAUUGGUCCGGCCGCAACCAUACAAUGUGCAUACAACAACUUAUACGAGCAGCCUCACAACUCCCCCACUGACUGACGAGCAGGUUAAUGCGUUAGUAUUGACCCUCUUUACCAACAUUAAUGACACUAAUGCACGUCAUUCAUGGGAUGUACUUUUUGAGUUGCACGGUGGCCCAAAGUCAGCGGUUUCCCAGACUGACUUAGCCGCUACAUCUUAUGCCCAGCGUGACAAGUUCCUGCUCUGGCAGCUCAAUGCUUUUGGAGAGGAUGGAAAUCUACCCCGUGAGAGUUUUGUAUUCCUCAAGCAAAUCAUGGACAGUGUUACACAGUCCAUGGUAGACGGAGAUUGGGGCAUGUAUGCCAAUUCUAUCGACACCCAACUCGAUGGCAAUACAGCACAGAAGCUAUAUUGGGGAGAUAACCUACCUCGACUACGGAAAAUCAAAGCGCGACUUGAUCCUAGCAACGUGUUUUGGAAUCCCCAGGGUAUAUCUCCGUCGGUCUAA